AUGGCUUCCGUUACCAGCAUCAAGAAGGCCGCUGACUAUGUUCUCAAGACUCCAAUGUUAAGACAGUUCAUGCUGCCAACCCCACUUAUGCAGAAAGUCAUUUCCAGAUUGCCAGCCGACGAGUCUUACGCCAGGAAUUACAGAAUCAUCACCGCUCAUCAGCUGGUCCUGUCCGCCAAGAUCCUUCCUCCAUCCAAGGUUUUGAAGCCAGAGGAGGACAUCCCAUACAUGCUUCCAUACAUUUUGGAGGCUGAAGCUGAGGAGUUCGAAAAGGAGGAACUCAACCACAUCGCCAAGGCUUGA